GAACAAAACACAGUCUCCCUCCCCCUUGCACUGCUGGGGGAGAGAGACUUUGGAGGGGAGCCAGGGUAAACUGAUCUCCACUGGGACUGGGUGGGAGCCUCUCCUCCUCAUAGGAUCCGAGAGACGAUCCCCUCGGGAGGUGGAGCCGCUCACAGGCUGAAGGCAGCCACAGUUACUGUCUGUGUCUGAGGAGUGCGGCUGGAGUCCAAGGCAACGAGAAAUCUGAAAACAUGGCUGGAAAACCCAAACUGCACUAUACUAAAGGAAGAGGUAAAAUGGAAUCUAUCCGAUGGCUGUUAGCAGCAGCUGGGGUUGAGUUUGAAGAAGAGUUUGUGGAAGCAAAGGAAGACUUGGAAAAGUUACGCAAGGAUGGAGCCCUGCUGUUUCAACAAGUGCCCAUGGUGGAAAUUGAUGGGAUGAAGAUGGUGCAGACCAGAGCCAUUCUCAGCUACAUAGCAGGGAAACACAACCUCUAUGGGCAGGACCUGAGGGAGAGAGCACUGAUUGAUAUGUAUGUGGAAGGAACAACAGAUCUGAUGGGAAUGAUCAUGGCACUCCCUUUCCAACCGCCCGAGGCAAAGGAGAAGAAUUUUGCCUUAAUCAUCGAGAGAGCCACAACCAGAUACUUCCCAGUCUAUGAAAAGGUUUUAAAAGACCAUGGCCAGCAGUUUCUUGUUGGUAACCAAUUUAGCUGGGCGGAUGUCCAUCUGCUUGAGGCCAUUUUAAUGGCAGAAGAAUGCAAGCCUGAUAUACUCUCUCCAUUCCCUCAGUUACAGGCUUUUAAAGGAAGAAUAAGCAACAUCCCCACAAUUAAGAAAUUCUUGCAGCCUGGUAGCCAGAGGAAACCGCCAGCAGAUGACAAGUUCAUUGCACAAGUGAAGAAAAUAUUCAACAUAUAAUCACUGUGUGGUUACUAAAAAUCAUUGCACCUACAGCAUAGUAGCACAGCCAUACUUAAUAUAGCUGUAAACUUCACAUAACUCAAACAUUUUAUGGCCUGAAUAAAACAGGAAGUCAAAUUAGAUGAUAAUGGGCUCUUCUGGCUUUAGUCUGUGAAACUGAGUUUGAAAGUUUUUAGCAAGACAUGUUAAAUGCUAGCAUGCCAAAACAUAACACUUUAAAAAGUCACUGCAAUAGCUAUAACUAGAUUACAAUGUAUUGUAGACUAGAGUAACUUGUUAAAUAAUCUUGUAAUUGGAAGAUACUUUUACUUGAAUAAAACACUCAUUACCUUC